AUGGAGUCCAUCUCGAAGAUCUCGAGUCUCAUGGAGACUGCGAGAGAGCUGACCCUCGAUGCGGCCCAGGCGACCCGCGGUAUUCGCACGAACAGUCGACCACUAGAUCGCAACCAGAUGAAGAAGCUCCUGGACAGUAGGAAUGACAGAGAGAUUCUUGAAGGAUUGCGGCGCGUUCUUGCUAUGAUGUACAAGAGUCAAAAGACGAUAGUGUUCUUCUCCAACGUAGUCAAGAAUGUCGCAUCCCCGAACCUCGAGAUCAAGAAGCUCGUCUACAUCUACCUAAUACACCACGCCGAACAAGAGCCCGACCUUGCCCUCCUCUCCAUCAACACCAUCCAGAAGUCCCUUUCCGACCACAACCCUCAGGUUCGAGCCCUGGCGCUCAAGACCAUGUCCGGCAUCCGAGUACCUGUGAUUAGCCAAAUCGUCUCCCUGGCGAUCAAGAAAGGCGUGGUGGACAUGAGCCCUCAUGUGCGCAAGGCUGCCGCACUAUCGAUACCGAAAUGCUACCGCUUGGACCCCAGUACAUUACCGCAAUUGAUUGAGUACUUGUCGACACUGCUCGGUGACAAGCAGUACUUUGUCGCUGGAGCUGCAGUCACGGCCUUUAUGGAUAUCUGCCCCGAGAGAAUCGAUCUGAUUCAUAAACACUAUCGCAGCCUAAUCAAGAAGAUCGUUGACAUGGAUGAAUGGAGUCAGCUGGCCCUUCUGCGUUUGAUGCCAUUCUACGCUCGCAAAUGCUUCCCACGCAAACGACAGCCAUCAGAAGAGGCCCCUGCCGACGGUAAGGCUGAUGACUUCUAUAGCGAAUCUACCGGUGCAGGACGGGCGGCUCCGUCCACGGAUCCCGACUUGACCCUUCUACUGAACACAGUUCGGCCACUGUUACAAUGCCGUAACGCUGGUGUGGUUGUUGCUGUAUCCAGACUAUUCGUUGAAGUUGGAACACCGGAAUACGUGCAACAAUCAGUCGGUCCUCUCAUUGCUUUAAUGAGAGGCGCACAGGACAUCCGGCAGAUUGCGUUGUACAACAUCGUCUCAGUCUGCCUCAUGAGGCCCAAGGACUUUGUAAAAUAUGCAAGCCAUUUCCUGGUGAGGGCCACAGAUCCUGCACCUGUGUGGGAGUUGAAACUCGAGAUCCUCACAAUCAUCUUCCCGCACAGCCCCCUGCACACCAAGAGUCUCAUCCUGAAGGAGCUGGAACACUUCUCGCAGGGUUCGAACAAAACCCUAGUUAGGGAAUCUGUCCGCGCCAUCGGACGUUGUGCUCAGGCGGAUGCUUCUGCGGCACCUCGGUGUUUGAAGCUCCUUUUGGGGCAGAUCACCAGUCUGGAUGGGGUCCUGGCCGCCGAAUCUCUCACGGUAAUACGACAUCUAAUUCAGCAAGAUCCCGAGAAACAUGUCGGGACUGUGGUACGCUUAGCUAAGAAUCUCGACUCCGCAACUGAUCCCCAAGCACGGGCAACCAUUAUCUGGUUGGUUGGCGAGUUCUCUGGCUUGAAAGGCGAGGACAACAUCGCCCCAGACGUUCUACGGAUCCUCCUCAAGGACUUUACAAGUGAAGCCGAGGCAUCUAAACGCCAGAUUCUACUUCUCGCUGCCAAAGUGUAUCUUCAUCAUCUCAACCGGAAGAGCGAGGCGGAAAAGGAGAAGAGUGCUGAGGAUGACGCAAUAGAGGAUGUGGAAACGCAUCCCAUUGCCCGGCUCUGGGAAUAUGCGCUCCUUCUCGUAAGAUACGACACGUCGUACGACUUGCGAGACCGGGCUAGAAUGUACCGCUCGCUCCUCGCUGUACCUCAGCUUGCGACUCUCAUGCUGUUAGCACCCAAGCCUGCCCCACAGGCCCCUAGCCCCUCGGAAUCCCGAAAAGGGUUCCUCUUGGGAUCCUCGACGCUUGUCUUGGCUGGCGGUGGCGGCCUGCACGGAAUCCAAGGAUACGAGCCGCUCCCCGACUGGGUCCAGCCUGGCAGGGAGCCUGAUCCUCGACUGCGCGAGACUGAAUCUACCGUGUCAUCUCGGUACGACACCGAGAAGUCCGCCGUCCCGGCUGGUGAGAGACUAGACGAUGCUGCCAAGUCCAUGCCGUCCAAGAUCAACGGCCUUGCUGCUGCCGGCGCGGGAGCGAAGACCCUUGAUGACUGGUUAGCCGAAGGCGAGGACGAAGAAAGUGAGGAGGGAGAGACCGAGGAAGAAUCCGAAGAGGAAUCAGAGGAAGAGGAAGAGGAAGACGAGGAAGAAAGCGAGGAAGAGGAAGAAGAGAGUGACGAUGACGGGGAAGCUGAUCGAUUGGUCAAGUCAUGA